UCUCUCAAUUGACCAAGUAAAAAGUUCCCCAUCACGUGCAGACAGCUCUCCCCAUCAACCAAUCACACACCUCGCAUACGGAAACCUUCAAGCUCCACGCCAACCGAGCAAAAGAAUUCCCGUACGACUCCGUCCCAUAAUCAUCCCAAUCAUCCCAUCCACCACCACCACCCAUACAAACCCUCACCAGUACCUCAACUGCGUCAAUUGCCCUCCCAUCAAUUGACCCCUCUCUCCCUCCCCAAAUCUUUCUCUUUGCCAUUGAGAGCCCGCAGCCAAGAUGCUCCGAACCACAGCAGCUUCCCUCCGCAAACCCAGCAUCGUACGAUCAGUGGCCGCUCAGCGCCGCUCCGCCCACGCGAUCUCGAACCCGACGCUGGCGAACAUCGAGAAGAGAUGGGAGGCCAUGCCGCCGACGGAGCAGGCGGAGCUGUGGAUGGCGCUGCGGGAUCGCAUGAAGGUUAAUUGGGCUGAGUUGACGGUGCAGGAGAAGAAGGCUGCAUACUACAUCGCCUUCGGCGCCCACGGUCCCCGCGCCGCUCCCCCACCGGGCGAGGGCUGGAAAGUCGCUGGCUAUACGUUCCUCGGUAUUGGCGCCAGUCUAGCUCUCUUCACUGCUAUCCGAUUCUUCGCCAAGGGCAGCCCGAGCACCAUGAACAAGGAGUACCAGGAGGCUACGAAUGAGUAUUUGAAGGCACAAAACUCCGAACCCAUCUCCGGAAUCUCGUCCGAGGGGUACAGCGGCAAGGGAAUGGUGCAAAGCGCUCCUAAGAAGAAGGAAUAGGUUCCUCUCCUCCGU